CCCCGCCUCCGAAGCGUCAGGAAGCCGGAAGCAGGCGAGCGGGAGCCGGACGAGGGAGGCUGCUCGGCGGGCCGCGCCGAUUGCCAGGAGCGGGGCUUCUUCGGCCGGGGGCUGCUUCCCGCGCUCGCUGUCGGAAGGGGCCUGUCGAGGGGACCCAGAUCAAACAAGAAUUGCCCAAUCAGGAGCAAAAAUGCAAAGCACUUCGAAUUAUCUCUGGCUUCUCUCGGACAUUCUGGGACAAGGAGCUACUGCAAAUGUUUUUCGUGGACGACACAAGAAAACAGGAGACUUGUAUGCCGUAAAAGUGUUCAAUAACUUUAGCUUCCUUCGUCCCGUGGAUGUUCAGAUGAGAGAGUUUGAAGUGUUGAAGAAAUUGAAUCACAAGAACAUUGUCAAAUUAUUUGCCAUAGAAGAAGAGACAACCUCUAGACAUAAAGUCCUUGUUAUGGAAUUUUGCCCAUGUGGCAGUUUAUAUACAGUUUUAGAAGAGCCAGCUAAUGCCUACGGGUUGCCAGAAGCAGAAUUCUUAAUUGUAUUGAGAGAUGUUGUGGCUGGCAUGAACCACCUUCGUGAGAAUGGAAUAGUGCACCGUGACAUCAAGCCAGGCAAUAUCAUGCGAGUUAUAGGUGAAGAUGGUCAAUCUGUUUAUAAACUGACAGAUUUCGGGGCUGCUAGGGAGCUGGAUGAUGAUGAACAAUUUGUCUCCCUCUACGGUACAGAAGAAUACUUGCAUCCCGAUAUGUACGAACGAGCAGUAUUGAGAAAAGAACAUCAGAAAAAAUACGGGGCAACGGUUGAUUUGUGGAGCAUAGGGGUGACAUUUUACCACGCUGCAACUGGAAGUUUACCCUUUCGACCUUUCGAAGGGCCUCGUAGAAACAAGGAAGUGAUGUAUAAAAUUAUAACUGGAAAGCUUUCCGGUGCAAUAUCUGGAGUACAAAAAGCAGAAAAUGGCCCCAUUGAAUGGAGUCGUGACAUGCCUGUUUCCUGCAGUCUUUCAAAGGGCCUGCAAGUACUACUCACGCCCGUUCUUGCAAAUAUUCUUGAAGCAGAUCAGGAGAAGUGCUGGGGAUUUGAUCAGUUUUUUGCAGAGACGAGCGAUAUACUCCACCGAAUAAUUAUUCAUGUUUUCUCUCUGCAACAAAUGACUGCACACAAAAUUUAUAUUCACAUCCAUAAUAAUGCUGCCAUGUUUCAUGAUUUGGUCUACAAACAGACAAAAAUAGCUUCAGUUAAUCAAGAACUGAUAUAUGAAGGCCGGCGUUUAGUCCUAGAGCCCAGCAGAUUGGCGCAAUCUUUCCCCAGAACCACUGAAGAAAAUCCCAUAAUCGUCGUGAGCAGGGAGCCUGUGAAAAUCACAGGAUUACUCUAUGACGAAAUUCUGCUUCCAAAGGUCCAUCAACGGUAUGACUUAGAUACUGAUGCAAGCAUGGCAAAAGCGGUUACAGGGGUUGUUUGUUACGCCUGCAGAGUUGCCCAUGCUUUACUGCUGUACCAGGAACUGAUGCGGAAGGGAAUCAGAUGGUUAAUCGAAAUAAUCAAAGAGGAUUACAAUGAAACGUUACACAAAAAGACAGAGGUGGUUAUCAAGCUGGAAUUUUGCAACAGAAACAUAGAAAAAGCUGGGGAAAUAUAUCAAAAUAUGUAUCAAAACAACCUGGCACCGUCAGAAGUGGAUGAAAUUUCAGACAUACACUCCAAGCUGUUACGGCUUUCAAGUUCGCGGGGAACAAUAGAGAGCAGUCUUCAGGAUAUCAAAAGCAAACUCUGUCCGAAUGGCCUGCUGUCAGAUGGCUGGACCAACCAGGAAGGCACGCACCCGAAAGACAGAAACCCAGAAAGGUUGCAAGUCCUACUGAGUUCCAUUACAGAAAUUUAUUAUCAGUUCAAAAAAGACAAAGCAGAACGCCGACUUCCAUAUAACGAGGAACAAAUCCACAAAUUCGACAAGCAGAAGCUUUUUCUACAUGCUACAAAAGCCAUGACCUUGUUCAAGGAAGAAUGCGUCACCAAGUACGAAGUUUUCUUUGACAAGGCAGAGGACUGGAUGAGGAAGAUGCUUCUUUUAAGAAAACAGUUAAUGAAUCUCAGAAAACUCUGCUUCGAUAUUGAGGAAGAGGUGUCGAAAUAUCAGGACUAUGUAAAUGAAUUACAAGAAAAUUUGCCCCAAAAGAUGUUUGCGGCUUCCGGUGGGAUCAAACAUACAAUUAACCCAGUUUAUCCAAGUUCAAACACUUUGGUAGAAAUGACUCUUGGCAUGAAGAAACUGAAAGAAGAAAUGGAAGGUGUCGUUAAAGAAUUAGCCGAGAAUAAUCACCUUUUGGAAAGGUUUGGUGCUUUGACGAUGGAUGGUGGCCCAAGGAAUGUGGAUUGUAUUUAGCUGGACAUUUACCACGACGCAAUCUGAAUUUGCACAGAAAGAGCAUUUAUCCAUUGAAAGAGUUUUCUGAACUUGGCAUUCCCCCUCAGUAUUUAAUAAAAGCAUGUAAAUAUGUACAUAAUGUAUAUAAUAGAAAGUAUAUUUCUUUUGGUAACGUUACAAGUGGUCUUAAAAUUUGGAGUAACAUCAGAACUUUCCCCCGUGUGAAAUAAUGACGGCUGCAUAUUGUGGUGAGCACAUCGACGCAAUGCAUUUGCUUCAAAUGCUGUCCUUGCCUGUUUACUUGUGAAUGUUGCUAGAGAAACUGGUCUUGGAAAAACCCUACUUCAUUUUUGUCAAGGAGAUUGGGCUUCCCCUUAAGUCACCUGAAUGCACAGUACCUCAUUUAUGAUCCUCUGAAAUUGUUUCCUGCUGUCUUUCAUUGUGAGCAGAUGUCUCUUACAAAGUACAAAAAAAAGAGACAGGGAAAAGUGUGAUUACCUCUUGAAAAAGUAUCUCUCUUAACUAAUGGUGAAGGAAAUAUUUUUGAGUUUGUAAUCAUGUUCAGUUUGAGUAUAUAUAAUCUGCCAGAUUUAAAAGCACAUAUAAAUUGAAUCUUCUAUUUGCUAAAUCAGCAGGUGACGGAAAAGCUGUAACACGUCUCAAAAUCAAUGAGCCUUGUUAAUUAAUUCUUACUGGCAUUUUUUAAAAAAACCAAACAUUCAAUUUCAAAAGUAGCAUUUACUUUCUUACAUGCUAAACAUUGAGUCUGGUGUGGACCAUAUACUGGUUUCUAAUCUUCGUCAAUUCUACUAAAGUAGGAGAAUUCUUUCCUUUUUUUAGUAAAGCUAUUCUGAAGCGUUUGACACUGAGGUAAAACAUUGGCACAGGUGUUUAUGCAGUUGCCUUGGAAAGGGGGAUCCCUGAAGAGUUGGCACUUUCCUCACUCACUGAAAGUGCCUUGGCACAGCUCAUCAACCUCAUUCAGCACAGAGGCCCAAAAUUUAGUUCAGCAUUUGAUAAGCUAUCAUGGGGAGGAGGUAGUAGAGAAGUGAGCUUCUGCUAGCUUCCUUACACUGUGUUUAUUUAUUUUUUUAAUUCAGCAUACAUGCACACAUACAAAAACAAUCUAAUCCAGUCUUACUGACUUUAGUGGAACUUAUUUUCCAACUUGUCUAGAAAGUAAGGCUGCUGUUCUCAGCCAGAGUAUUCUGGAUGAGUUCUAGGAGAGACCCAAUUGAUCUGAGACUAUUCUAGAUUUCUGUGGCUUGAGGCCAUCGUAGGAUACUUCAUUUUUUAAAAUCAAAUUUCUAAUCAACUCUACCUUCUGUCUCCUCCAUUCUGACAUGCCAGAAUAGAAAUAAAAAUCAUCCGUCUCUACAUAGUCUCAAAUGGAUAAAGAAAUAUUAUUUCACUGUUGCAGCUCUUAUUUUCAUUACCACGUUUCCAAUAACCUAGUUGGAAGGACUACUGAAAUCAUAGGUAGUAAAUCUAUGUGAAAUUUUGCUGCCUUAUUGUAUGUAAAUGUCUAUUCUGAAAUGCUGAGAUUAUAUUUCUGUAAUGUGUUUACUUUAUGCUAUCGUUUUCUGUUUUACAGAAUCAUCAUUUUGCAUAAUCGUGUUUACUCUAUAACAUAAUUUUUGAAGGGAGGAAAUGGAGAAGGGUCGAUUUUUCUUCCAUAUACUGAAACCAGUUUUAAACGAAUAGUGUAAAUCAUGGAUGACAGCCUUUUAUGUUGCUGAAGGCACUUCUGCCACAUUCUCCCAUCCCUUCAGAGUUCCUUCCUUUCUAUUAGUCUCAUUUUAUUUUAUUUUUAAGGAUUUUGCUAACUUUCUAUGAAGUUUCAGACUAACGGGGAGGGGCAGUGUUUUAUUUGAUUAAAAUACUUUAAAAAAGCUUUUCUUCUGGGCUUUUCUUUUUUUGGGGGGGGCGGGUUCUCCCAGCUGCCCAAGAACAAAUUGAUAGCUUUCUAUCAUUUAUGUUUAUGUGCAUACGACACACUAAAAUAAGAAACACCUUUAUAGGACUGAGAAUUCUAAUCCGUGGUAGCCAUGGUGAAAAUUGAAGCAGUACAGUCUAUUCUGGAUUAAUCUACAUUGCUUUUGUCUCUGCCCCUGCUUACAGCCCCCAACAGAUUACAUUACAGGGUACGCAGCACUCAAGAGAAAAAAGGUCCUGUUCCCCCUUCCUCCAUGUAAAUUAUUAAGAUAAGUUGUAAACAAUAUGACAUAUACCAGCUUGCUUUUUUGUAGUGUUCAAUAUUUUGCAUUGUGUUUUCAUAUUAAUUUGUAGAGGGAACUCUACCAUUCUUAGUCUGUAUAGUAAUUCUAUCGGCAGCGGCUGUGGGUCUUGCGAAAAUUCUCUUCAAAUCAAUGUACCACAAGUUAAGCAGCAGCAUGAGAAAUAAAUCUCUUUUCACACUUCUAA